AGUAAUGCAACGUAAACAACAACAACUUCAAGUAACGUGUCGUCUCUUUCCUACUUUACGUCAAUCGAAAGGCAAAAGUUGCAACACUAUAUAAAUUGUCAGUGUCCAGAAAGUAAGGACAAAUGUGUGUGCGUGGUUGUAAUGUUCAAUUAUCAAAAUGUCUGACUUAAAUUUGAACGAUGAUUUAUUGAACUAUGAAUUGGGUGAUGAUAUUGAUGAUCAAGCACUUUAUGGCGCCGAUGAAGAUGAACUACUAUUGUCAGACGAUGAAUUAGAAAAAGAUGUAACAAAAGAAGUUAAACAACAAAUAAAGGCAGAGGCAGAACAAUGGGUUAAUGAACGUAUACAAGAAAAAGGAGAAAAUCAAAAUGGAUCUAACAACGCUAGUACAGCUCAGACUAUGUCUGCUGUUGGAACAGCUAAUACUGCAAAAUCUGUCAAGAACACAGUCAAACAAGUCACCGCAGAUGCAACAGAAGUGACUUCAACGGCAGCAACACAUUUGGUUGCGAAUAAUUCAAAACAUGGUGAUAUUACAGACGAUGUAUCCACAAGUGAGAAUUCAGCACCUGCACAUGCGGAAUUUAAAGAACCCACAAGGUCUCAACCCCAAAGGGAAUUAACACAGACGGUAGCGCCAGCGUCUACACAGACUGCAUUGUCAAACACUACAAAUAUCGACGAAGUGACUUCAAGCAGUAGUAAAGAAGUUGAAGUAGAUCAUUCAUCAGUCAUUAGUUGCAGCACCAGUAAUAUGACUGAUUCCUCCUUCAUUCAAAGCUCACAAGAAAGUUUGGGAGUGACCCCUCUAAGCGCCAGUGAUUAUUCCGAUCCUAGAGAGGAUAUGGAAGAAGAACGUGAGACACGUACAAAUAUAAAAACAACAAAUGAACGUGAUUUUGAUGCAGGAGUCAAUGAAUCGACAGAAAAACAUCAUUCCCGCUUCAUGCAUAAUAAACGUGGAGGAAAUCCACUGCUGCGGCCCCAUUCACUACGUGGCUCUUACCACGGUCAGAGGCCACUCCUCCGCUAUCCACCAUCACACGGUAAUUUUCUAUUGACAACGCACGGGCUCCCCGCGGCGAGAACAACAAUCGUUUCAACAACGCUAACCCACACAUCCUCCGCCCUCAUUCCAGGUCAAUUCCCGCUACAACAACCGCCCCUACCUUAUGCACCACACAACACAGCACACGGUCCGCCAUCUACAAAUCCCGGAACAAUGGGACCACAACCAACAAACCCAAAUGCACAAAUUCCUCUCCACCCACACGAUCCCAUGAAUCCUUCAAUUUCCCAUCGUCCACGACACCCAUUCCCCGGAUUUCGCCCAAGUGGGCCUAUGAAUUUUAGGCAUCCUAAUCCAGUCAAUAUGUAUCCACAUGAUUAUAAUACUGGUAAUGGGGUACCUUUCAAUCAGAACUUCGGUCCUAUGUCACAUCCAUCACGAGCUAUGUUCCGACCUGAACUCGUUGGCGGACCAAUGCAAGGUGGCAACAAUACAGGUAUAGGCCCAACACCUGGACCUAUGGUAAUGCGUCCGAACAUGCGUUUGCCGCGCCCAUUAUUAUCAAAUUUACCGCCACAAGGCUUAGGGCCAAACUUUAUAAACAACCCGGCCAUUAGACCUCCCCAACAACUACCAUUGCAGCCUCCUCAAGCUCCUCUACAGCUACCACAUCCGAGUACCAGUGUGCAGGCGUCACAAGUUUCUGCCAAUAACAAUUGUGGUCCAGCAACAUCGUCAACAUUACGCCCUAGCAAAGUACUUAUUAAUCCAAAUUUUAAGGGUGGCGUUCAAGCAGCAACAAAUAAGUUUAUAAAAGAAACUCAAUUUAUGUCAACAAUUAGCAGUCAUGUCUCACACUUACAAAGUGACGAUGAGUUACUGCGUCAACAGGAGGAAUUCAUUAAUAAAAACAGAGAGCAUAUCGAGAAACGAAGGCAUGAGCGUUCACCGCUCACUGGCAGACGAAGCCGCAGUCGUAGCCGUUCUCGAACACAUUCACGUGAACGCAGCUUUACUCCACCAAAUAAGAGAAGCGGUGGUGGAGGCACCGGCGGGACCGGUUCACACUUUGACAGAGAACGUGAACGCGAUCGAGAGAGAGAACGUGAUCGUGACCGUGAGCGAGAUCGUUUAGAUCGCGAAAGAGAUCGCGACCGUGAAAGGGAACGCGGUCCAGUUGAUCGCGAACGUGGUGGUGUAGGAGGCGGUAAUGGUAACAUGGGCCCAAGAGGAAAUCGUUUUCGUCGUGGAAAUAGUCGAGACCGUGAUUAUGAUAAAAGAGGUGGUGGAGCAUAUGUUAAACGCAGACGCAGUUUAUCUCCUUUACCACGAGCGGGCGGAAGUUUUCGACGUGGAGGUGAUCGCGAUCGCCCAGAUGUUGAAGAGGACGAAGAGACACGUGUAUAUAGGCUGGAAAUAGAGAAGCAGAAAGCAUUGCGGGAAAAAAUACUCAAGGACAAGGAAUUGAAAAGAAGACGCGCCGCAGAGGAAAAACAAUAUGAGGAUCAGCGUCCUAAUCAGACCAAUAAUGCUAGUAACAAUAACGGUAGCAAUGCCCCUAGCAGUGCCAGUGAAAAUCAGACGCAGAAACUUAAACCAAUUGUAGUAACAGAACGCAAAAUAAUAUCGUUAAAGAAACGGCAACAGCAGCCGCAAUAUUCUGAUGACGAUUUUCCACGUCAGAAGUCGCAACAACCGCCUCAUGCGCAAAAUCAGCGCAAACAAAUUCCGACUGCAAAAAUUUUGCCAGAAGCAAAGCGGAACCUUAACGAUCAUAUAACAAAUGUCACAAGCAGCAGUGGUGGUGUUAAUUGUGGCAGCAGCAAUACAGCCAUAAUAAAACCAGUACCUAAAAAGGAAACCCAUACACCAACACCACCACCGGCGGCAUUAUUGAAACAAACACGACGUCUGUCCUCGCCGAGUGAUGAUGAAGUGGAGCUCGACUACGAUGAAGAUGAAUUAAUGCUAGAAAUGGAGGAUCGCCUGUUGGCCACGCCAACACCGUCCCCACCACAACCAGCCGUCUCACGUACACCAACACCUGAACCAAUAGCUCCACCACCAUCUAGUAAGGCAAACAUAAAAUCUAGUCGUAGCAGUAACAAUACGACAUCUCAAAGAUCAUCUGCAUCGUCAGCACCAUUCGGUUCAAGCAACCGACGAGUGGUACUAAAAUCGUCUACAUCAAGUAAUUCAGGAGGUGGUGGCCGUAAGGAAAGCGAUUUGCACUCAUCUGAUGGCAGUCGCAAUCGCCGCACUGGUGGGGGAUCGUCACGCAGCAGUAGCAGUAAUAAUUCACGGAAAGGUAUAUUUGAUCGCUUGGAGACCAGGCGACAAAUGUAUGACAGCGGUGGAAGCAACAGAGACGGUGGUGGAAACGAUGGAAAGCGCAACAAAGGGCAACGCAUUGUUUUGAAACAUGAUUAAGUAUUCGGAUAUUUAGAAAAACCGAUUUCUGAAUCAAAUCUCUUUUGUCAAACAUUUCUAUAACUGUGUAGCAAAUUAAAACUACACAAACAAAUCGUAGAAAUAUUUUGAAAUCGCAUAUUUCUCUAAAAAAAAAUAUGCAUAUUUCGCUAACUUUAAAUUUGACAUUGGUGUGAGUGAAAUAAUUAAAAUAUAAGUGGCACGAAAGUCUUCGUUCUGUAUUGAAAGUGAAAAGAUAAUUUAUAAUUAGACCACACAUAACAUAGCAGUACUUGUUUAUAUCAUUUAACAACAUAUAUUUACGAUGAUUUCCACACGCACAUGUAUGAAACGAAUAACUGCAAUGGGGCGCGUAUAUUUAUGUAAACAUUAUUUUCACUUUAUAUUUCUAAUAUGUUUUUUUUUUUCAAAUAAUGCAUAUGGUAGAACGAAGUAAGAAGCGAGAAUUGCUUAAGUCGUUAUCAUUUUUGCUUUUCUCUGCCGCUUAGUUUGGUAUAAUAUUUGUAAGAACACAUGCAAAUUUAUAGAUUUGUUGUAACUUCUAAAAAGCAUCCACAUUUAUAUACAAGUAUGUGCAAUUCUCAAAUUGUCUUCACCGUAAGCUAUAUCAUAUAACAUAUUAAUAUUAAAAAUUAUUAGAUUUCAAACAGGCAGUGCCACCUCAUAUCUCUCCAUAUAUGGCUUAAAUGGUAUUCGCAUUUUUUUUAACUUGAUGUAAUGUAGUUGUAGUUACCGCCGCUAAAAAAAUGCAAGCUUCCUAUAUCAUUGACCUUACUAUUUUCAAAUUCUGUAUAAAUCAGCUAUUUAAUGUCAAAUUAUUUAGGAAAUGUAAUUUUCAACUUAUGUUAUUGAAAGUCAUCAGCAACAUUGUUAGCUUUAAUAUGACACUGGCAAAAGUUCAAUAGCACUUUGUGCGGUGCUCGAUAAUCAUCCCUACUAGCAUUAAAAUUGUAUAUGACAAUUGAAGUUAUGACUUACAAUUUAAGUAAGCAGUCAUUUCACUUUUAAAUGACUAUUUGCGAUUUAAUAUUGACGUAAACGUUUAAAGUAUUUCAAAUUUUAUUUCACAAAACAAUGAAAAAUGGCUCCAGUUAAAUGUGUAUACUAACGAAAGGCGUGAAAUUUUUCUAAUUAUGAAAAAGCAGUGUUCCCUUUACACUUUGAUCCAAACAAGCUUUAAAUUUGCCAUUUUAAUUUUAAAAAUUCAACAUACAUAUGUAUAUACUACUUAUGCUUUCAUACUUCCAUUAACAUACAUACAUGCUCAAAAUCAUAAUGCAGCUCAACAUUAUUCUUGCAUAUUUUUCACCAACAAAUAAACAAAAUUUUAGUUAAAUGUUAAUUAGUAAAAAAAAAAAAAUAACUGAAUAACGGUAAAACUUUUACUUGACUUUCAAAAAUUCACAUUUUUACGCCUGGAUUUAUUAAAAGCACUUAGACUAUAAGUUCAUAUAUAAUUUUUAGUUCGUAUAUUUAAGUAUAUACAAAGUUCAACACAAAUUUUAAUUAUAAUUUUUAAUUUAGCGUGUAAGUUAUAAAAGAGCAACAGGCUUUAAAAUUUUUCUUUAAAUAUUUCUUGAAUGCCGUACAUUAAAGUGUAUACAAAAUUAUCAUAUUGAUAUUCUAGACCGCAGCGGAAAACUUUCAUCCAAGGUAUUAAAAUACCAAUAACACUUUUAAGUAAAUAAAAUGACGAUUUACCCUCAACUAUUACCAAAAUUGUAUUUUUGUACACAAUAACUUAAUUAAUUGUAGUUGCUUGAUUAUAAUUGGUUUGAAAAAAAUUUAAAAUAUUUUGUUCAAUGUGCAAAAAUGUUUAUUAAAAAAGGUAAACAAAUGUAUUUGCCACAAUAAAUGAUGACACAAACAGUAACAAAUGUAAAAAUUCAGUAGUAUUUACUAUUGCUAUAUCACAAUAUAGCAUUAUAAUAAUAAGAACAACCAUAUUCAAAUAUAAUUAUAGAAAUGAAAGUGUGAGCAAUAAAAAAUUAAGUAUGACUGAACGAAGUUAGUGGCCAGUUAUAUAAUGCUAAUAUGAUCAACAAAUUUUGGGCUUCUCACUAACCCAUACCUUAAAUUCGUAACAAACAAAAUUUAUAUGUCCUUACCACUAGGUCGUAAAACGUCUAAAUCUGCUGUAAAUCAUAGUUGUAAGUUAAAAAUUAAUAUUUUAUUUUAAUUUUUCAUUGUAUUACUUGUAAUAUUUGUAACAUUGUAUACGCAACAUUAUUGAUUGUUAAAAAAAAAAUGUACACGCCCCUCUCACUUUCUAACAGUUUUUCUGCAAAUACUUCCAAUAGUAUGCGCAUAAAAAUAUUAAAAUGAAUUCAAAUAUGUUAAUAUUUUAAGCUAACAAAGGAUAUGCUAUUUGUCUUUUACAAGCGCUUAAGCGAACAGAAAACAUAUAAUAAAUUAAAACUCGGCCAACACUUUGUUACGGCAUUUUAUAUUGCACUUUGUUGUGCAAUUGCUGCGCAAACAAGUCGCUAACAAAACAAAAAAAA